GUCUCACAACAAAAUGGAUCGCGCUUUUCAACGAGCCAAAAUCCUCAGCGAUCAUCUCUUGCAAUCCAAUUCUUCUCAGAUUAUUUCCACAAACGCAUGCUUAAGUUACUCUCCGCCCGAACUCAAUGAACUUUACGAUUUCGACAUCAAAGAGAUGCGGAAACUAUUGGAUGGCCACAACGUCCAAGACCGAGACUGGCUGUUCAAUCUCAUCGUACAGAGCAAACUUUUUAAUCCGAAAAAAGCGGGAGAGAAAGUCUUUAUAUCGCCUGAUUAUAAUCAGUCGAUGGAGCAACAACGGGAGAUGACAAUGAAGAGAAUUUCCUACUUGCUCGAAAGAGGGGUUUUUCAAGGCUGGCUUACUGCCAAAGGAGUCGAAGCUGAGCUGACCAAAUUAGCUCUUCUUGAAGUUGUCAGUAUGUUCGACCACUCGCUCGCCAUCAAGCUCGGUGUUCACUUCUUCUUGUGGGGUGGGGCCAUCCAAUUUUUCGGGACGAAGCGCCACCACGACAAGUGGCUGAGAGACACUGAGAAUUAUGUGGUGAAGGGUUGCUUUUCAAUGACGGAGUUGGGACAUGGAAGUAAUGUCAGAGGAAUUGAAAACUGA